AUGUCCAUCCUACUACUCACGUCUACAGGAACAGGAACAGGAACAGCAACAGCAGCAGCAGCAGCAGCAACACCUCUAACAAGGGACCAAAUCUACGCUCAGGGCGGCUUCCUCCAGAACUGGGUCGCUCCCAUGCCCAACAACCUCAUCCAGACCUCAACUGUCAAUCCCACCAACAAUGGCGAAAAGUAUCUUGUCCAGAACUGGGCGACCACCUACCAUACCAUUCAAAUCGGAGGACAAGAUAUCUCGUUCGUCAGCGACCCCUUCCCGGCCGCAACAACGAACUCAACGACGGUACUGCAGCUAACCUACCCCAAGGGUUCAUACGCACCGUCAAUCGGACCUGUGAUGGGCGGAGCGCAAUUCUAUGCGAAGCCGUUUGGGGACACGACACCCUUCUCCAAGAUGCUUAUUAGCUAUGAUGUAGCCUUCCCUGUGGGAUUCGAUUGGGUGUUGGCAGGUAAAUUGCCGGGCAUCUAUGGAGGCACCCCUUAUGAUGGCUGUUCCGGAGGCGUCCAGUCGACCGGAGCCAAUUGUUUGACCAUGCGGAUGAUGUGGCGUCAGAACGGUGUAGGCGAAGUGUAUGCAUAUGUCCCAGCAGACCCAAAAUCGGCAUUCUGCAAAGACUCCCAAGUCCUGUGCAACGACCAAUACGGGAAAUCCAUCGGCCGUGGACAGAUCUUCUUUCAACCGGGCGUCUGGACACGACUUGACAUGGUCAUGGAACUCAACGAGCCCGCAGGGAACAGCAAUGGCACUCUAGAAGUCUAUCAGAACGGCAACUUAGUGGUGCAGAUGAACAAUAUCCCUUACAGGAGUUCGGGAAUGGUCGGCUUUCAGGGUCUAUUGUUCUCGUCCUUCUUUGGAGGCUCGGAUCCGACCUAUGCGACCCCCGUUGAUACGCAGGUGUACUUCAGGAAUUUCCAGUUGAGUGUGGGCGCGCCUGCCAUUUUGUACGAAGGCACGGGUGGAAGUGGUGCUACUGGAAGGGCGAUGAUCGGUGGAUCGUCAUUGACGAUGUUGGGAGCUGCCACAGGGUUCGUUUUCGUCCUAGUCUCAACUCUCUUUAUCUGA